AGCAUUUAGUCGAAGAAUUAAAGUGGUUUUAAAUACAUUUAUGUCGACGGUUACGGACUCAACGCAGAAAAGUCCACAAUAUUCGAAUGCAAUGCAGCAGACGCGUUAAGUUGUAUGCAACAACAAAGUGUGCGCACGUUGUUAAUAAAUAAAAUUGUUAGCAAUAAAAAUAGAUAGCUUAAUAAAAUGAACAAUAAAGAAAGUAAAUCAAUAUAUAUGUAAAAUAUUUGCACACAGAUGCGGUGUUUACGUGAGUGUAAGAAGUUCGGUGCAUAGAAGAAAGUCAAGUGAAUUGUGAAGAAAUAUUAAAAGUGGAGUGUCAUCGAAAAUUAAAGGAGCAAGUUGAAAUUCUUAAAAUUUAAAGUGAGUGAAAUGCAUACUACAAGGCAAUAAAGUGACAACAACAAUAAUAUCGCAAACGACAGAAGUUAGUGAAAACCAAAACAUAAAGAACGGCAAGUCUAAGGCGGGGUGGAUUACAAAUCAAAUAAAAUACAUACAAUCCGAUCCGAACGGAAGAGGCGAAAAAAAAAGAAUAACAACAACCGCCGCGUGGCGCAACUGAAUUGUCAAAGAAAGAAUUGUAUGAAUAGAAUGACAACUGGGCAAUUUUGGUUUUAAGGACAAGCGACGAAGAAAAACGGCACAAAAAUAUACAACAUUACAAGAGUUGCCACAACCGAGUUGAAAGUAUCGUGCAAGAACAACAGUCAUAAAGCAGCAAGAACAGCAAACUUGGCAGACAAGCGCUGAGAGAGUGGAACAGCGGGCGCAGGCUGUUGUUAAAAUGGUUGAAACGAUGACAAUUGCCAGUUGUUGCAAGUAGCGUAGACUGUCAAAAACUUGUCAAACCAGCACACACAAGUGGCAGCGCACAGAAGCUGCAAGGGAAGUGGCACGACAACAAUACGAGCCGAACAUAAGAAACACUAGAACAAGCUGCAGCAGCUGAAGACCGCACAAACUAGUUUUUGUGUGUGACAAAACAAAAAAAAAAAAAAGAGAUAAAUAUAAAAUUUACGUUGUUUCCUUUUAGCACCAAAGUCCUUUUAUUUAUCUUAGGCGACACGAAGAACAAGAGCAACUAAUAAAACCAACAAAAGAAGUAGCACAAGCCUUACUCGAACCAAACAAAAAGUGUAUUCAAGCGCCGAAACAUUAAACCGACAGUGAGGACCAGAAAAGUGACAUCCACCAGAACCGAAGCUACUUGACGGCUUGAGGAGAGCAUAAAAAGCGCAGCAAAGCCAUAAAAGAGCUUGAGUUACGCAGAACACAGGAAAAGGUGUUACGAGGGCCGACAACCGUUACUUAGGUUAUGCAGCGUUGAAGUGACAACGCUGCUCAUACGAAUUUGUAACGCCAAAAGUUGGGGACGGCGACGAAGAGAGAGCGCUCAUGUGCUUUUGAUUAGAUCUUUUACGUUAGUGUGCGUAAGAGAAAUGUAAUCAUGCAGAUAAUGCGUGAAUACCUUCAAAUGACAAUAAUAACAACUGCUUACUAAUAGCUGCCACAACACAAGCUACAACAAGAGUAAGUUACCCUGAAGAGGAAGCAUACAAAUCAUAAGGACAAUAUUCACAAGUGAGUGAAAGCACGCUUCCUUUCUGGCAGGAUAUUCAAAUCAAAAGACGCAGCAGCUGCAACAACAACAACGGCACACACUAGCCGGAGGCAGAAAUAAAUGAGCAAGAUUGUUGGCGCACUGUGUGCAAUAUGUCCGUGAGGACAUCGGAAUUCUGUGCAAAACACAAGCGAGCAGGGCACAGCAUGACAACUGGAAUGUAAUAUUGCGCUGAUAACGGUGAACAAUGUUUGUGUGAUUUGAUAGCAACAACAAAGAGGAGAACAAUAACAAGAAACAAAAACCAAAAAGCAAGAAAAACAACAAUAAAUAAAUAAAAUAAAAUAAAAACAAUUACCUCAGACGCAAAGGAAAACAACCAACGGCAGAUUGCAGUCGACGGAAGCGCGACGUCAACGACAGCAUUCGCAAGCAGCAGCAAUAGCAAUUAGUCCAUAGUGCCACCGGUGUGUGACAACAGAGAAUAAUGCGCCAAGACAAGGCAAUACACGCAAGCCGGACGGCAGUCACGAGCAGUACACAAGGCGAAACACCAACGCCAACGUCAACAACAGCAACAGCACAAGUGUCCGCUGCAAUGUCGCAGCAACAACAACGAGUACACAAGGCCGCCACACAGCCAAAAGCAGCAUCAGCUGCCGCAACAGCCUCGGCAGGGUCGGCGAGUGCAACAGAAGGCGAAACCGAAACCGAAAACACGCCGUACGCGGAGCACCGUGUUGACAUGAGAUGUCCAAACAGUAUUCUCCAUGCUGCGCAGCAACAACAAAUGCCUGCAAUAGACAUGGCCUUGAGCGCCAGUGCUGCAUUGGAGGGCAGAAGCGGCAGCGCAGCGACGCACAAAUCACAUGGCCAGCAAACGGUAAUGCCAAAAGCAGUGCACACCGUCACGGCAGCCGAACUGCUAACGACAGCAGCAGCAACAAAAUCAACAAUAGAUUGCAAAACAGUGAACGUGCGUCGCCUGCCAGCAGUUGAUAAGGAUAACGAUAACAAAAGCAACAGCAGUACAUUGUUGACACAACAACAACAACAACAACAGCUGCAACAGCAACAACGAACCAUGGCCACCACAAAGUCAACGCCAGCAGUUGCAGAGAAGGCAGACAGCGCAUUCCACACAUCAAAUAUUUUCACUGCUGUCUGCCGGGGCUACAGUUGGGCCAGCGCCAAGGAUCGCACCAACAGCAAAGCGCUCUUCCAACUUCUCAAUAUGAUUUUUUUCAUGCUGUGCCUCAUUGCGUGCGCUUUGGCGAUGUACAGCAUUGUGCGGCAUUCGCGCAACGAGCAACGGUUGCGGCAAGUGUUGCAACUGGACGAACGAAUAAGUGCACUGGAGCUGAGGCUGCAAUUAUGUGAACAGCGCCAACAACCAAGACAACAACAUUUCGAUUUGGACACGAACCGGCCGCUAAAUAAUGAGCGCGCCAGCCCGGAGCUGGACACCGGUGAUUUGCAUAAUCAGCUAGGGGAGCCAUCAAAGCAAAUGUCUGUGGAUGUGACACAAACGCUGCAACGAUUGUCGCGACAGGUGAGCGAUUUGCAUCGUUUGCGUCGUGAUGUUUCGCAUUUGCAAAUGUCGCGUCGCCAACAGCAGCGCCGGCAGGCGAGUUUGGCGGCGGCGACCACCGUCGAUGGACUACUAUUGCAGACACCGCAGCAAACGCAUUCCGGCGAGUGUGGAUGUACGGCAGGGCCACCUGGACCACCAGGCCCACCGGGCAAACGGGGGAAACGUGGCAAGAAGGGCGACCCUGGCGAAAAGGGUGAUCCGGGCGUCAAUGGUGUAAACGGUGAGAAGGGCGCUGCCGGCAGACCGGGCGACAAAGGUCAAAAGGGUGAUGUCGGCCAUCCGGGCAUUGAUGUCUUCCAAACUGUGAAGGGGCUGAAGCGUUCGGUCACGACCUUACAUGGCGGCACUUUAGGUUAUGCAGAAAUUGUUGCUGUCAAGGGUUUGCAAGAAGCCGGUGUGAAUGUAUCAGCCGCCACUGUCAUACAAUUGAAGGGUGAACCUGGCGAACCUGGUCCACCUGGACCACCAGGACCACCUGGGGAGGCCGGCUCACCCGGCAUGAACGGCGGACGUGGACCACCUGGCGAAACCGGCCCAGCGGGACCUGCUGGACCACCUGGAGAACCCGGACCGAUUGGCCCACCUGGCGCGCCGGGCACACUGGGACCUAAGGGUGACAAAGGUGACCGCGGUGAUCGAGGUCUUACCACAACCAUUAAAGGUGACGAAUUUCCCACCGGCAUCAUUGAGGGGCCACCAGGUCCACCGGGACCACCUGGUCCACCUGGAGUACCCGGCGACCGCGGCGAAUUGGGCCCCGCUGGACCACCCGGACCGCCCGGCGAGAAGGGACCGCGCGGCAAACGCGGAAAACGGAUUUUCGGACCCGGCGGCGCUAAAGAUGAGGACUAUGAUGAUCCACCAGUACAACUGUUGCGUGGGCCACCCGGUCCACCGGGCAUGCCUGGCAAGGACGGACGCGAUGGACGUGAUGGCUCUAAGGGCGAUGCGGGCGAACCCGGCGAACCUGGUUCGCUGGGACCACGUGGUCUAGAUGGUCUGCCUGGUGAGCCCGGCAUUGAGGGGCCGCCUGGUCUGCCCGGCUAUCAGGGACCACCCGGUGAGAAAGGUGAUCGUGGCGAUAUUGGGCCGCCUGGUCUGAUGGGUCCACCAGGACUGCCCGGGCCACCCGGCUAUCCGGGUGUGAAGGGUGAUAAGGGUGACCGCGGUGAUUCAAAGUAUAGAAAAAUGCGCCGGCGACAAGAUGAGGGAAUGUCAGAUCAGCCACAUAUGCCAACCAUUGAAUAUCUUUAUGGUCCACCUGGACCCCCCGGUCCAAUGGGUCCACCCGGUCAGCCAGGUAAGCAUGGAGAACGUGGCAUGGAUGGACGCAAGGGUGAUUCGGGUGAUAAGGGACAAAAGGGAGACCAAGGACCAAUGGGUUUACCGGGUCCAAUGGGUAUGCGUGGCGAUUCUGGUCCAGUGGGUCCCUCUGGCAAAGCUGGUUUACCGGUGUGGGGCUACUAAUUCUAAACAGGCAAACACACACAAACUUAACAAUAAAUGAGUAGUAAAAACAAAAAUCAAAACAAAACAAAAAACGCUAACUGAAACGAAGUUAAUGAAACGCCAAAAUAGCAUAUAAAUUGAAAGCAAUGCCAACAAAUUAUUAAUGCAACAUACACACACACAUACUCAUAUGACAACAACAAUGAACACAAAUGCGCACAGCAAAUACAAUAACAAAUACAUAACGCACAACAUACAACUUGCAACAAACAACAUAAAAUAUUGCUACACUAAUACCUACAUGCAUACAAACAAUUUCAAAUACACACACACAAACAAUAUAAAUAAACAUAUAUGUGCGUGCAAAGAGUGCCACAUGCCACACUAAAGACCUUAAGUACUUCGAGAACCAAAACUAUGGAUAUGCAAAUAUAAUUUGUGACCCAAACGCAGUGAAAAAUCAGAAAUGCUAGCAAAAUCGAAAGUAAUAAGAAUAGAUAUCCCAAAAUACAUACAAACAUAUUUACACUCCGAAAUCAAAAGUCAGGUUUGUGCUUACUGUUAUUUGACCUUACAAAUUCCCACAAAAUCACUGAGAACAAAAGAAUUGCUAAUAGCUUACAGUUGAACUUCCCGAACUCCAACUCAGCAAACUACAAGCUUUCAACUUGCAACUAGAUACACAUACACGGCACAUAUAUACAUAUGUAUGCUCUUGUAGAAACAAAUAUAAACUUAAGUACUUAAGCCUAAGCAUAUAAAUAUUUAUUAAGAGCAUUUCUGAGAAGUGUAAAUAUGUCUCAAUCACAUCAGCAGAACGUAUUCCUAAAGAAUUUAAUUUCACAUUUUUAUGCAGCACAAGUUUCAAUUUUGCUAUGUUUCCUUCGUAUUCUGCCAUAAACCAUAAAUAUGCUGCACCAAAGUUAGUGGUAAAAACUUUAAUGAAACAUUUUAGUUGGUGAAUAAUAUUCUUCUUCAUAUCGCUAGGUAACGGUUUUUUAAUAUUUAAGCAUUUGAAGAACGUUAGACUUCGUUAAAUGAUUUCGGUGCUUCUCACAGACUUUUAGGCUAAUUACAAAAGUGUAAAUCUACCUAUCGAUUCUCUCACCUAUCUUACAGUGACUGUUCUACAUAUCGCGCUGAUCGGCCAUCAUUUUACUAUAGAGAUCUACAGAAUGGCAUCGGCAUAGUGUAAAUAGUUUAAAGCGAGGUCUCAGUCCAAAAAAUAUAACUCAAUAAAGUAGAGUUAUACUUCUAAAACUAAUAACUUAAGAAUGGCGAAUCGAACAACUAACUAACCAACUGAUAUAAAUGGUGAUAGACUGGUAUAAGCAAAUACAAAGAGAACAACAAGUGGUUAUACCAUAUUAAUGUGGUUUCUUGUAUGGAGUUUAACUGGUAACAUGUAACUUUUUUGUGCGAAGUUGUGAAUCGAAAACCACCAAUAUUUCAAAAUCAAAAUUAAUACGAAAAAAAUUAAAAAUUUUGUCGAAACAUUUUAUAACAUUAUGAAUAAUACUUGUAUAAUUUGUUCGACACAAUUUUCUGCACAUUUCAAAAUAGCGUAAAACCCGUAAUUGCUAUUGAAAAGAAGUUAUUUGGUAGAUAUAUAACAACAUAAAUUAUAAUUUUCCUGAAAAGCUUUUACACAGCAAAAUUUGUUUAAAAAGAUGAUUUCGUGCCCUGUUUAAUCACAACUUCAGUUCAUAAAUAUCAUUCAAGAUCUCGUGAAUGAAAAAUCACUGAAACGAUAGGUAGCUAGUAAUAUAUAUUUGUGGAUACUAAUAAGGUCCGUUGCAAGUUUAAAGCUUCUAAGAAGGACAAAAUAUUGAAAACAAAUUCAAAAAAAUGUUACUUAUCGUGCGCAUAAGGCGCAUUUCUUUCCAUUUUACUAAGUUUAGCAUUUUUUAAACUAGAAGAAAAACAAUGUCGUUGACUAUAUACUUACAUACAUAUGUAUAUAUAUGUAUAUAUAAACUACACUAAAUUUACGACGAAUUUUCAACAAACAACGCAAUAGUUCAAAAUAUAUUUUCUAAACCUCUGAAAAAAAAUAAACCAUAUCAUUUAUGCAUUUAACUAACCGAAUUAUAUCAAUAUACCCAUUUACAAGCCUACAAACAAUAACCAAUACAUACUUAAAACAAAAAAUUUCUUAGAACUUUCAAACAAAAAUAAGCUAAGUUCUAAUGCUAACUGCCUACCAUCAUGGGUACACAAACAGUAGGUAUGUACAUACAUACAUAAAUAUGAAAAGCAGCUUAUAACUUAAAACGUGAUUUUGCCACACAUUACACUGUUAAACAAAAUAGUAUUUAUGGCUUUACUUGAAAUUCCUCCUAAUUUAUUGUAUACCUUGAAUAGAAGUGCAGCUGCGCACAUAUACAUCUAUAUAUAAAUAUUUAUAUAAAUGUAAAUACGUACAUAGGUAAGAUAUUGAUUGACAUAUGCCAGAGUUAUUAGGGCGUGCAGCCAAAUAUUGGCAUAUGUGACAUAAAUAUUUAUAAGUGUUUUGUGUACCGUCCAUGGGCUUUGUCUACAUACACACAUGCAAACAUACAUUCACACACACACAUGCAUAGAAAUCUAAUUACAAAGAAUCUGCAUAUAGUACAUACAUAUAUACUUACAUACAUACAAGUAUGUAUCAUAUAUGCAUAUGAUGCGAACAUGCCGAGGCGUAUAAGCAACCAAGCAAUUAAGCUUUAGAAAAAGCAACCACACAUACAAACACACAACACAAACACACACAUACAUAUGAAUAUAAUAGUUAAGCAAAUACUAAUUUUAUUAAACUUAUACAAAAAUAUUGUAAAACCAACAGACGAUAGACGAUGUAUGUAUGUAAAGAGCCAAGCAUAAGAUAACAAGCUGUUAAAUAGUUUAUUUCAAUUGAAAAAGGAACAAAUUAUUGUAUACUAUUAAAGCAAUUGAAUAUGGACAUGCGAUAUUUACACACUCCCAUACACACGGGCACAUGUCAUAUUAUACAAUAUUGCUUAAAGCAGCAUUUGUGACAUAAACAAAAGCAAAUGCAAAUGAUACUUUUACUAAUGGCGAGCGAAUAUUGAAUACGGAAAAUAUUUACUUUGAGACAGGAGCAACUGUAGUCCGAGCAUUAGUGCAGAUUUACCGUGCAGCAAAAUUGUUGAUUGUACAAUAAUAUACACACACAGAUACACAUAUACGUGUGCGUAUGGAGCAGAGGGGUUUUUAAAAGAACGUUAAACGCAUGCCAAUGACUUUGGCGUUUGAUCAUACUUUUAGAAUUGACAAAUGAUAGCAUCUUCCAGUUUAUUGCAAACAUAAAGGGAAGACGUCUUUUGCAGUGAAUUGCUCGUAUAAGUAUAUAUUUUUAUAGCGUAGUGUGGUUGAAGUUGUAGACAGAGUGUAUAAUUUAAAAUAACGGAUUAGUUAGGCUGAUUAAUGCAAGUUUGAGAGGAGAUUUAUUGAUUAAUCGUAAUUUAAUUAUUUUUUCUUUGGAACCCUGUCUUUUCAUAACUCAGUGCUUGAAACACAAAACCUUGUCCAAUUAAUUUUGAUAGACCUUGCUGAGAUCACAGUCUCAAAAGUUAUUAAAAUUUUAAACUUGCAUUUCAACAAGAGUUUCGAACUUUUCAAUUAAAAAAUUUUGAACUAAAUAUUAGAUUUUCAAAUGAAAAAUCUGUAAUAAAAAAUUGAUAAAAUAAAAAUCGUUUGAAUGUGUAAAUUUGCAGGCCUUUGCUCUAGAUUAUUAGCAGCUCCACUUUUAAAAUAGUACAACACACAAGCGCGAAAAAUUUUAAAUUUAAAAACUAUUUUUAUUUUUUAAUUAAAAACAUGGGACUAAUUUAUUUUCUAUAAAUCCGGUUUUUAAAUUAGCAAUUUGUUAAUUAUUACUUCAAAUUAAGAUUUUCGGCAUAGCAAAAUAAAAAAAAAAUUUAUGUAAAUGUUAGUUAAAUUUUUUUUUGUAAUGCAUUAUUUGCAACCCUAAUUUCAGCAUACCCCGUAUGUUACGAUAUUUAAGCAUUUCUAUUUAAAAACUACUAAAUAUUUAGAAUUUUUAAUUUUUAAAACAAGAAUUUUGUUAGUUGAGAUUUAAGAAUAGAUAAAGCAGUAUCUUCGACAUCUUAUGGGUUUCAGCGACAUCUCAAUAAUAUGUAUAUGGUAAAUAUUGAAAUACAUUUAAAAAUCAAAUUUGAAAAUUAAGCUUAUAAAAAAUAUGCUUGAAGAUAAAUAUGCACACAUACAUAUAUAAAAAUAUAUGUGUGAUAAAAGAAUAAAUAAUACAAAAGCAAAAACAACAUUGAAACGAAAAGUGAUUUAGCUAAGCAAAUGAGUGUUUGAGAGUUUUAGCGCAAGAAAAACAUAGAAACUAAAACAAACAAAAUAAUAUUAAUAAUGAAAAGCUUGUAUUUAUGAAGAGUAACGGCAACUAAGGCAAUUACUUGUGUAUUAUAAAGAAAAUUAUGAAAUUUCCUUGUAUGUUUCAAUGUCAAUUGAGUUCAAUUAGUAAUGUUGCCAAACAACAAAAAUAAAUGAAAUGUGGCAAAGUUUUAAGCGUAAAAACAAGUAUCUCCGUCGAUGUCAAUUCCUCUAGCUCGUUCUCCAAAUCUCCUAUAAAAUAUACAUUUUUUUCGACUUAAAACAUGUAAUAUACAUACAUACAAAUAUUUAUAUACAUAUAUAUAUGUUACAUAUAUAAUAUUGUAAAUAACUAAACUAGUUUGCAAAGGAAUGCACGAUCCUUUUUGCCUAUGUAAAAACGUCCAAAAAUUUCACUCAACAAAGAACGCUCUCUCUUUUCCUUAAUCACAACAAACAUACUACUUUCGAACACGCUCAAUCCAUUUUACUUCAAAAUGUAUCAACUUCUCACAUCUACUUACGCUAAUAUACCUAUAUAUGUAUAUACAUAUAUGUAUACUUAAAUGCUAAAUGAACUUGUGUUCUUUGUUAGUUCUAGGCUAGAAUAAUGAAGUAAAAACCAACAAAAAAUACCUUUAAAGAUAAUAAUUAUACUAAAUUACAAAAAACAAAAAACAAAAAAAAAUAAAUAUAAACAGAAAAAUAUAUAACAGUAAAUUUAAUAACAAACAUGCAAGCAAAACCUAUAAAUAUUGUAUAUUGUUAACAAGUAUCUUUAUUUUCUGCAAUUAUACAUAAUUAAUUAUACAUAUAUUUAAAAUGGUAAACUAAUGUUUGUGUGUAGCAGUGUAAUUUGUAUUUCUAAAUGUCGAUUUAUGCAUAAAUAUCUACAAUUAACAGAGAUAACAAUAUCAAAAGCAUAUAAUUAAAACGCCAUGCCAUGCUUGUGCAACGCAUAAAUGUUUACAAAUCAAUUGAAAAGCCAAAAACGAGUUAAAAAUCGCCAUUGCAGUAUGUUUGUAUUGCAUUUUGCAGACUUCUUUUUUUCAAUUAUUUUGCGCAAACAAAGCAUUCGAUAUACAAACACAUUUCAGCAAAUAAUAACUAAAAACAUUUACUAACAAAGCAGAAGUACAUAUAUAUGCAUACAUAUAUAUGAUAUAUAUAUAAAUGAAUGCAAAUUAUGCUAAACACGAAAUGUGAAAGUGUUUUAUGAUAUUUAAUGUGAACAUUUUCCAAUAUUUUUUUUGUGCAUUUGCAAAUAUAAUAAAACAAAGAAUGGAAAUACUGAGUUUUUUACAAAUAAUCAACUAACUCUUUUUAUUGCUACUGCAUGGAGUGGGUAAAAGUAUUAACCGGUAACACACACACAUAUAAAUUAGUCAACUAAACUGGAGAAAAAAA